CGCGCGGCCGAGGGGGUGCCGCGCAAGCGCCACCGCCCAGGGGCUUGUGGGAGACGGGCCUGCCGUCCUGAGGCGUCGUCUCGGCGAGGCUGCCGUCCGGAGCCAUGCCUUCCGACAGGAGGUCGUUGCGGAAGAGGACCAGGUCUAAGAUCGGCUCGCUGAAGAGGCCUCACUCCAGGGUGAUAAGCUGCGACCCGGGGUGCACCGGGGAGACCCCGGCCGACAAGUCGCACCCGGGAGGCAGCGUCCCCAGGCGCGAGGGUGGCGCGACGGCCAAGCCUCAGGCGGGCUGGCGGGCGUCCCUGCGCGCCUUGGGGGCCGAGACGCGCCGUUGUCUGCUGAAGAUUUGGGUCCACCGGUGCCUCCGGCUGCUCUUGCUCGCCCUGCUGCUCGGGCUGUGCUACUACGCGAGCACCUGGUCCUCAAAUUCUGUGUCUUCAAGUGAAUAUAAUGUGUGGAGCAGUGAAAAUGCUGAUGGACAAACUCCAGAAAAAACUUCUGCAUGGGAAGCUCUGUUCAAUUUUUUCUUUCCAACAACAUGCACUCCAAAGCAGAAUCAGGUGGUGAAGGCUUGCAACGAGCAGCAAGAUUACAAGAAGACUGAAUGUUUGGGAUAUAAAUGCUGUUACUCAUCCUUCAAGAUCAGUAACAUCAACUGUUUUGUCCCAUUAAAGGAUAAGCCUACACAGAUGUUCCGGAUGUUUGGACUUGGUGUGAUCGGCAUGAUCAUCCUGGGAUGUGUGCCCAUUUUUUGCUGCUCUCUUUGGCGGAGGAGCAAAUGGGCCAAUCCUUUAGGAAGGAAAGUCAACAAAAUUGGAAAGGGUGUGAAGAAACAAAAAAAGAAACUAAAGAAGGAUGCUGAGAUGUUAGGGACAGCAGCAGAAGAUGAGUAAAGUUUAGGUGGUGGAAAGCAGUGAGAGAACAAAGCAUUAUUUUCCCACUGAGAAGAAUACAAACCAUUCCAAGCAGAAGAGACUGCCCCAGUCAUCUCAACCUGAUGGAGCAUUUUAGAAAGACAAAAAUUUGUUCUUAUUUUUGUCAUGUUUACUUACAAAUAUGAAAUAAAGUUGAUAGUUCUGUUUUUGUGCAUCAAA